AUGGGGAUAAUUACAGGAAAAAUAAAAAUUCUUCUCUUUAUGUACAGCAUAGCAACAACGGCAAUUGUUUACCAGAACUACAUUUUUAUUGCAAAUUUGUUUAAAAAUUUCAGAGCAUAUGAAUGGCUAUGUAAAGGUGAAAAUGAACGGACAGGAGGAGAAUUUUUUGUGUGUAAAGAGCAGGAAAAUUAUAUUCAGUUUUUGUUGAUCUCGGGCUUAAUCAUACAGUUUAUUUCAGGUUCUAUUGGAAGCAUACUAAUUAAUAUAUUUUCAAAAAAGAAGCACAUAUCUCGCAUAGCCUUUUCCUUUCUGUUUACCGGUUGGAUAAUGUUGGCCUUCUCGCUGUUGUAUUCAAAGCGUCUGAUGGUGGAGUACACCAUUCAGAGGGACUCGAAUGGUAUGAAAUAUAGAGAAGGAGAAUUGAAUAAUGAGUCUUUCGAAACUAUUUCACUUUUUUUCAACUUGGCUUUCGUUUGCUUUGGCUUAGGGUCUGAUAACUCCUAUCUCCCCAUCAUAUACUAUGUUAAUGAAAAGUAUCCAGUAAAAAGUAUGCAUAUAUCAAAUGAAAUUUUUCAGGAAAAAAAAAACAAAUGGAUCACUUUGAAAAAUAUACUAAAAAACAAAAACUACAUUCUCAUAAGUACAAUGUCUUCUCUUGCUGUCUUGAGUUUAUUUGUGGGUAAUUUAUUACUCAGUCUGAUGAAUAUAUAUGAAAGUGAAAACAACAUUAUCAUAAUUGUGGGAUUCUACAUUUUGGUCUGCAUCGUUCCAUCGUUUUUCAUCUCUAGUUUUCUGGACACCAAUGGAAAUGCAGAAAAAAUGAGAGACAGCCAUAUUUCGCUAUUCAAAAGUGAAAGAGAAGAACUAGCUAAUAACCAUGUCGUACUCAGGCAGCAGAUGAAAGAGGUGAAAGAGGUGAAAGAGGUGAAAGAGGUGAAAGAGGUGAAAGAGGUGAAAGAGGUGAAAGAAGCGAACGAGGGGAAAGAAGCGAACGAGGGGAAAGAAGCGAACGAGGGGAAAGAAGCGAACGAGGGGAAAGAAGCGAACGAGGGGAAAGAAGCGAACGAGGGGAAAGAAGCGAACGAGGGGAAAGAAGCGAACGAGGGGAAAGAAGCGAACGAGGGGAAAGAAAUAUCUAAGAAGAGUAAUCGAUCAUCUGACAUCACUUCACUAUCUUUGGCAGUACCCCCAAUUCAUGCAAAUUCCAAAGGGGUGAAACAAAAUUUGCUACUGAGGAAUAUCCACAUUGACACAUUGAAGAAGCAAAUAAAAUCCCCAUUUUAUAUAUUCAUAGUAAUUGAAUUUUUCAUAAUAACAUUUAGUAUUUGCUAUUUUAUGUUUUCUCUAUUCGACAUAUAUGAAAAUAGUAUAUUUGGUGAAACAUUAAAUGUAUACUCGCUCAUUUUGCCAUUAAGUUUUAUCUUGACUUUAACAUUUGGCAUAAUUGCUGAUAUUAUAAGCAUAUACAAUUUUAUAAGUUUUAAUUUGAUUUUGGGUAUUUUUGUUUUUUCGUUAAUUUUUAUUUACUUUAAAACAGCUAGUGUAUUUAUUGGAUACUUAUCUUUAAUUAUUUAUUUUUUUCAUCAAAGUUUUUUUGCAAAUCAUAUGUAUAUGUAUAUGUCCACAGUUUUUAAAGAAGAAAAUUUCGCACUUCUCAUUGGAAUUAUUAAUGCAUUUGCAUCCAUUGCAUUUUUCAUGUCUUUUAAAAUUUAUGAAUAUAUUAAAUACUAUGGACAGGCUGUAUAUUCCCAAGUGAUUAUUCAAGUCCUCAUCAUGUCGUAUAUUUUGCUAUAUCUUUUUCAUGUGCUUUACAUAAAAAAAAAAAAAAACCAAUCUCGCGUGCCAUUUCUAGCAUACUGA